CCCGACUAGUAGUACUCCUGCUAGUAGUUAACACGACAUUAUUGCGCUCAGGCGCUGCUCCUUCAAACCUCAUCCUGUCGACUGGCCGCCUGUGCACUCGCGGUGUCGAAUAGGUAAGCAGAGACAAGCGACAUGAGGCCGCUCCAGAGCUACCUCGUGGACCCGCUCCGGCUUCCGGCCCCCUUUCUCCUCCUCUGCCUCACCCUCGUCAUCGCUUCGCUCUUGUCCCUCCUUGCGCUUCUCUUUCUCUUCCUCUGGGUCGCCCUCUCCAGGGCGCCGUCUACAACGAGAAAGUCCUCCCUCGGCCGAUCGGCCGCCGUUGUUGUGCUGGGCGAUGUGGGACGAAGCCCGAGAAUGUGCUACCACGUCCAGAGCCUCGCCGAGGACGGCUGGAGGGUCGCCGUUCUCGGCUACCCGGGGACGCCCCCGCCGCCACCGCUCCGGAGAUCUUCGGUCCGGCACCAUCACCUCGUCCAGCCGCUGGCUGGAACUCUCUCUAGACUGCCCAGGACAGGAGGUCUCUUUGCUCUUGUUGUCGCUCCCCUCAAGGUCCUCCUUCAGAGUGCCUCGCUCUUCUGGGAGCUCUCGGCAAAGGUCAAGCCCCCACCAGAAAUUGUCAUUGUCCAGACGCCUCCUGCACUGCCGACGCUCUUUGUCGUUCGAGUUGUCUGCAUGCUUCUGGGUAGCAGGGUCAUUAUUGAUUGGCACAACCUUGGCUACACCAUCCUUGGCAUGCGCCUGGGGUCUUCCAGUCCCCUGGUCAGGCUGGCCGCCAAGCUGGAGCGCUGGACGGGCAGGCGCGCCUACGCCCACAUUUGCGUCACUGAGGCUCUCAAAGCGCACUUGAUUCGCGACUGGGGGGUCACUGGAAAGGUCACAGUCCUCCAUGACCGCCCUCCGACCCAUUUUCGUCGAAGCACCGUUGAGGAGAGCCAUCGACUGCUCAGUGAACUCUGCCCCAGGCUCGACCCGCCCAUCUCCAAGGAAUGGUUUCCCAGCUACGAGGCACCCCACUCAUCGCCUUUUACUGCCCAAGGCGACUUUCGAAACGACCGGCCGGCGCUCAUUGUCAGCAGCACCAGCUGGACCGUCGAUGAAGACUUUGACAUGCUCCUCAAGGCUGCCGCACUCUACGAACGAAGGGCAAGGGAGCUCAACGAGCAGAACCAGGAGCAACAAAGUCAGCAGCAGCAAAGGCAGAGGCAGCUCUCCACUCCCAUGCCCAGCAGUAGCUCAGCAGACUCGCUUGAUGCGCCAGGCCCGGAUCGGUCUCCGGUCUGGAGCGGCACGGGAAUCGAGUCGACGCGAGAUCGCAGCCGGAGAGUUUCCUUGACGAUGCUGAGCAGCCCGACUACGCUCGUAGCGGCUACGCGGCUUCCGAAGCUGCUUCUUGUCGUCACGGGAAAGGGCGAGUUGAGAAGCCGGUACGAGCGAGAGAUUGCCGAGCAGGAGCGCAAUUGGGACUGGGUGCGCAUUCGGACCGCCUGGUUGGAGCGAGACGACUAUCCCACAUUGCUCGGCUCAGCCGACGUCGGCAUCUCCCUCCACACCUCCUCAUCCGGCCUGGAUCUACCGAUGAAGGUUGUCGACAUGCUUGGCUGUGCCUUGCCCGUCUGCGCCCUCGGUUUUCCCUGCCUCGACGAGCUGAUUCAGCACGGUCAGAACGGCCUCGUCUUCUACAAGGCCGAGGAGCUGGCCUCUCAACUUGAGACUUUGCUGGCCAAACACCCUCAGCGGAGCUGGUUGGCGACCUCGCUGGCUGGCAACUCUUCCAAUCGUUUUCCCCAGACAAGCGCUUCAGGAGCCUCCUCGCCUAUCGUCGACUCCUACAAUCUUCCACCUAGCCCCUCGGCUGCUUCCUUUUCCCUCAUUCCCAGUCCGAUCAUUGGAAAGAGCCGCCACUCCCCUGCUUCCGAUGGCAUCUGCGGAGGCGUUAGUAGCACCACCAACAGCAGCCACGCAAAUCAGGAAUCUUGGAGCAGCACCUGGAAGCGUAUCAUCCGGCCACUCUUGGCUGCCGCCGAUGCCGAAGAUGCCAUGAAAGAGGAGGCAUCGCUCCGGCACCGGAGACUGGCAAAGGGUGUCACACUGGCCAUGUUCAGAAGGAGGCAAGGACCUGUCGCAGCAGGUGCCCAAAAGCGGCCAACGCUCGACGGCAACGGAAGGGCCAAGUCGAGUUUUGAUGACGGCGAGCGACAAGGUAGGACGUCUUCGGAUGACUACGACGGCGCAUAUCCAGACGAAUUGGAGGGCGAUGAGGCGGACCGUGGGGCUAGGCGAAAUGACGACAUGAUCGUGCUGAGAAGAAGCCCGAGAUCGUAUCUACGAAGAAGAAGGAGCGUGAAGAAGUCGUCUUUGCACGACUCACCCUCUUAUGCUUUCAGCCAGAGCGCGAACGGCAGCGGCGACAACGACGGCAUCCCAGACAUUCACGUCAGCGCACCGACGACCUGAGAGAGAUGGAUUGCUCCCUUCAAAUGUACAGUAUUAAAUGUAGCAGAUGUCAAUUAAUGUCCAGUAGAUGGUGGGG